AUGAAUUGCCUUGUGGCUGUUAUGAGAGGCAAAAAAUGUGCAAAUGUUAUAAUUAAAUUUAGAUAACUCAAGCUGCAGUAAAAUAUGUUGAACUGGAUAAUGAAAUGUUUGCUAGGAUGGUUUAUGAGGUAAUGUAUAAAUUUGAGUUUAGAACUUCUUGAUAUUUAUCCUUCACAAGUAUAUGCUAAAAUUAUAAAUUAAUGGAUUAGCUGUCAAUUAUAGUUUAGCUUUAUACUAAAUAUGA